AUGUAUUUUUUCAAUGAUUUUAUUUUGUUUGUAAUUGGUUACAGUUUUCUUCGUGGUCUUUCAUCCGUAUCAAAUGAUUGUACUUCAACUGCUGUAUUUCAAUUUUUAGCUAAUGGUACAAGUGAAUUUCGUGUUCAAGCUGAUGCUAAAUGUCACCUACAAUUUGCGGCAUUUUAUAAACAUAAUGGCAUACUCUACUCGCAUCCUUAUACUCUUCGACAAAAAGAUAAUCGUCUAGUACAUAAUGCAGUAGCUAUUGAACAAUACCAACAAGUCACUUAUAAUAUUUCACUUUUUCUUGAACUGAAACGUUUACGAGAUUUUGAUGUUGAGGAUUUGAAAAGAUAUUAUGAAGCUAUCGAUAGAAGUGUUGAUACCAAUGAAGAAAUUCAUGAUUUUCAUGAUAUUUAUCUUAUCUUAAACUAUGAAAUCAAUGGACAAUCGAGUACAUUUCAUUGUAAUAAUGGUCAACCGAUUCACUUACCAAAAUUUAUUUCAAAUCCAUGGACACAUGAAAACACCUUAACCCGUUUUAGAUACGAUGCAGAAAAUCGUGAUGGUACAUUUCCAUGUGAAAUGAAGCUGCGUUAUGGAAAUAUUGGUAAUUUAGAUUCGUAUAAAAUUAUGCUUUGUUUAACAACUAAUACAAUACCAGCACGAAUGGAUAAUCAUCCAAUUCGAUGGACAUGUAAACUUAGACCAAGAGUACCAAGACAAAAUCGAUCAUCAAAACGAUUUGUAGACAAAGAAACAUCAUAUUGUUUGAAUCAUCCAUCAGGUAUUGUUAUUGCUCAUGUUUAUGGACCCGAUCUGAAAUUCAUUCCUCACAGAUUGCAUCCACUGGGCAAUCUCAAUUAUGUUACAUCUUAUUUUGAACCUGAAGACUUUAGAACUGCAUUAGAAAAUUCCGAUAAUCGAGAUAAUAGUACGUUGGCUGUUGCAGUAAUCAAAGAAAUAGAUUAUCCAAUGUAUAUGAAAGAUCGUCGAAAAAAUAGAAAUAUCUUACGAUAUUUACCAUUUAAUGAAUUACAAGAUGUUGAUAGUAAUUUAGAAAAUGGCAACAAAGAAGUAACUAAACGUCUCAAAGUUCAUAAGGAACAAUGUAGUAAACAAUUAAUUCUAUGGAAUGAAAAUGAAAUGGGAACAUAUAGUCAAGCUCAUGUUCGACUCUAUGUUGCUGCUUAUGAUGAAAAUGAUAUUCUACUAACAGAAGCAUUACAUCCACCGAUACGAAAUAGCAAAUCAUUCGAGCAGUUACGCAUUAUGAGAAUAGUACAACCUAGAAAUGAAUUACAAGCACAUCAAUCAGCAUAUGUCUAUUGUGAUUAUGAUUACAAUAAAUCAAAAUCCGAAUACGAUUUCUGUCCAUAUAACUUUGAGUUGUGUUUUGCACCGUCAUCAAAUACAUUGAAUCAAAAUCAAAUCUCACAAUUAUUUGACAAACCACACAUAUACAUAAGAGCUUGUUAUGUUCCUAAUUGUCCAAAUCUUCUACAAUUUCAAGUACCAGAUGAUCCUACAUAUAAUAAACAUCGAGUAUAUAUUCGUCUUCGACAUGCACGAUCUAAAGAUUAUAAUCCAAGUGAUAUAGCGCUAAUUGAUGGUGAACCUUGGACAUAUCAUGCAGAUCCAACAUCAGUUAUGGAUAUUUUUGACAAUGGUUUUAAUGAAGGCAAUGACCCACCGGGAUUUGAUUCGAGAGAUACAUACCAAGAUUUUGAAUUGGAAAUACAACCUGUUAAGCAAUCUUCAUUGUUACAAGGUCCUCCAUUUGAUUCACAAGAUAGUGAUGAAGGCAGCAAUCAUUCCGAACGAUAUUUAAAUACACCUGAUGUCGAAACACCAACAUCUCGAAUAUUUUUCUUUCCCAAUAUACCUUCUCAACAUGAAAAUACUAAAUGA